AUGUUCCUCAAGCUUACUUUGUGGAUCAUGGAACCGAGCCAAGGCAUCGACAGCGGCCUGAUGAUGGGCAAGGCGUGCCGCCUGAGCGUGGCAAUGGGCUUUCUCGUCAGGUUCUUGACGAUCGUGCCGCAGCUUUCGGGGUACCUAGGGCAGAUCCCGCUGGUGUUCAACGAGGUCUUGGAGUAUCUCAUGGGCAUCGGGCUUACGAUUUCACAACAGAUGUUGGAGUACCUAGGGCAGAUCCUUCUGGUGUUCAAGGAGGUCUUGGAGUAUCUCAUGGGCAUCGGGCUUAUGAUUCCGCAAGCAAUGUCGGAGUACCUAGGCCUGAUCCUGCUGGUGUUCAAGGAGGUCUUGGAGUAUCUCACGGGCAUCGGGCUUAUGGUUUGGCUGCCGCUCAGGAAGUAUCAGGUGGUCUCGGAGUAUCACCUGGGCAUCGGGCUCAUGUGCAGGGUUCGGAUCUUCGUGGAAGUGAUGGAGCUGAAGCGCGAGAAGCCUACAGUGCAGGACAAGGGAGAGGGGGAACUCGUCUCAGGUCCCUAUCUCCAGGCUUGCGUCGCAGUGAUGAUCGAGGUCUUGGUGGAGGCCCCAGAACAGCGAGUGUGGCGAAGUACGGGCGGUGGUUCCGAGUUUGUGGAUGGCGGCUUGGGCGUCCCGCCUGUGGCUCUGGCAUACCGCCCUCCUGGCUACAAGGACUCGAAGACCUACGGUGAUUAUGGCUUUGAGCGGCCCCCUGGUUUGGAGUCACGUACAGAGGGGCCUGCUGUCCCUGAGGAGGCACCGCAGCCUGCGGCGCCGUUGGAUGCUGGAGCUGCCGCCACAGGCCCUGCUGAGCCUGUGGGCCCUUCGCCGAUAGAUGUUUUGAUCACCGGCAUGAGCCAGCUGCAACAAGUUCUGCUGAAGCAGAAGAACGAUGUGAUGGACCUGGAACCUAAGGCGGUGAGCGAGCUCGUGAAGUUGCCUGAGUAUACGGCAGAGACAGGGGCCAUCGACUUCCAGGACUACUUGUACCUUGCGGAACAGCAGAUCGGGACGUUGGCCUCGGGCGCUGGAGACUGGUGGGCUCGCACGUUGCGCGCCGCUCAGACUGCGUAUGCCGAGUACCAGACGUUAUCUCCGGUUCGUCGACUUGGUGUUGUUGCGACCCUCCCUGAGGACUUGAAGGAGGAGAAGUACAAGAAGUUGGAGCGGAAGGUCGCGGCGUUGGUUUUGGCCUCCCUUCCCAAGGGGGUGAGGGACGACCUCGUGGCGUACAGGGUUCAGGGUGUUCACCAGAUCCUGUACCGGCUCAUGGUGAUCUUCCAGCCUGGAGGUGCCCAGGACCGCGCCCAGCUGCUGAAGCAGUUGGAUGUAACGGAGUCCGCUGCGGGGCCGGCUGAGGCUACAGCGGCGAUAAGGCGUUGGUACCGCUUGCUACAGAGAGCCUCGGACUUAGGUGUGACCCUUCCCGACGAGUCGCUGCAGGUGAAGUCGCUCUCCGUCAUCGUGAAGAAGACGUCGGAGCAGAAUGCGGACUUUAAGUUUCGGCUGGCGCUGGCGAGGACCGAGCUGCAGAUUGACACUCGUCCCACACAGGACAACGUCAUGCGAUACCUACAGCACCUGUUGGCCGAGCUGGAGCAACUGGGUGCCAUAGCUCGGAAGUCACAGACGGGAACUACGCCUACGACACCUACUACCGCUGUACCGUCCUCCUCGGCUACUACUCCCGCAGCCACAGGAGGAGCAUCGCUGAAGGGCUUGCAGCCCGCUCCGGAAGCUAAGGCGAAGCCCAAGGCGGGCCCUGGGAAGAAGUUGUGCUCUUGGUUCAGUUCAGACAAUGGUUGUCGCAAUGGACGGAAUUGUACAUUCCAGCACCAGUGGACCGGCCUUAACCGUGGUGAAAGGUGUCUUCUUUGUGGCUCCAAGCAACACAGGGCCAAGGAUUGUACUGCUGGCGGUGCGACGAGUCCCGGUGAAAAAGGGCAACCGCCGCCCCGGAUCGCCAAGGUUCAACCGGGGGCUUCGACCGCUUCGCAGGCCCCUCACACCGGAACUCCGGUGACCAAUGCGGAGCCUGCUCAGGACACCUCUUCGGCUUCGUCCCAGCCUCCGCCUGCCGCUGGAGGCGCUCACAACAAAAUCGAUGCUGCGAGAGUCACGGAAAUUCUGACCGAGACCAACAAGAUGCUUAAGUCGUUGACGACGCAGCAAGGCUCUGGAGCCAGUCCUGCUCCUGCACCGUUGGACCCGCUUGAGAUGAUUCAGAAGCAGCUGGACGAGGUGCGCCGGUUGAAGGUGAUGGUGGUUCGGAGCUCUGGGGAUGACACUUCUUCUUUUACGAGUGCGUUGUCCUGGUACGAGACGAGAUUGAGUUCUUCUAUGGUGACUGGUGGAGGCGAUGUAGAAGAGGAGGAGGCACUACUUGAUAGCGGUGCGUCCCACGCCUACCGCGCGCCGCAUUCCGCGACCGAGCUCGAGGCGGCCCGGCGCGUAGGUGUGUCACUUGCGACAGGUGAGGAGCGGGCCAUUCCCCAAAAUCCCGGAGGCACUCUCUUGAUGGAGAACAGCGGUGACGGCACGAUAUUGCCGAUGGGGCAGCUGGUCCAACUACUUGGAUGCAAAGUUUCGUGGGAACCCAACAAGCUCACCGUGAUCCACCCGGUGCACGGACGAUUGCGAGUACGACUGCGAGGCCACUGCCCUGUUUUACCGGUCACCCAAGCCCUGGAGUUGAUUGCGGAGCUGGAGCAGAAGCGAAUGGCGUCGUUUGAAAGAACGGUGAAGGAGUUCCAGCAGCAGAUCAAGGUGAUCAAGGAGAAAGGGCUCCAGUCCUGGACGUGGAGGGAGCAUCUACAAGCCGCCAGGGAAGGAGGCGAUCGGACGCAUGUGGCGGGAUUCCUCCAUAAGAACCCGGUGUUCUCCACGAUCAAUGCGGAAGCUCUGCUGGGUGUUCCAGAGCAUGUUCCUCUUGGCGGGCGCGAUGGUUGGAACUUGCUGAAGGGGAUGCCUUGGUCUCGUUCCAAGCGCAAGGCCCUUUUCCAGAGUGACAGCUGGGUUGUUCAUCUCUUCUCUGGAGAGGAAAAGUCCGAUGGGGCAAAACAGCGCGACACUAUGAAGAGGUCGUUUUGGGGUGAGGCGCUCACCGGGGAUGAGGUGCUGUUGGAGGUGGACUUGACAAGUUCGAAGUCAAUGGACCUUUUGCAACGAGAUGGAGUUCUUCGAGUGCUGGCGUGGGCCGCGCUCAGUGGAAAGAUAAAGUCGAUCGUUGGUGGACCUCCCAGGCAGACCUUCCCUACUACCAUUGGCCCUUCAAAGGCUGGAGGCCACCAUCUUCGUGAAGUUCAAUUGGUGGUUCGCAUGAUGAUGUUGUUCUACAUGGCGGAGGAAGGAAGGACCGCCCUUUGGAGGACUGGGAAGCUGCGCUCAGCGAUUAAACCGCAUGUGGGGUUCUUGCUGGAGCAUCCCGGUGACCCAGAAGAUGGAAGGACUGCUCUCUUCCAGACUCCGUUAUGGAAGAUGUUUGCCCUGGAUAACAUGAUGGGUGAGGUUCCGCUUUGGAUGAAUGAGAAGAAGGUUGUUUUGGGUGGAAACCUUGACCUAUGGCAUCUUCGAGAUCUUAAGGUGGGUUCGGAUGCAAGGCUGGGCUCUGUGUGGCCUUUGGAGCUCGUCGCUCACAUGGCCUUUGCGAUUCGGGCCUGGGUGGGACUAAGAAACCAUGAAGGGCUUUUGUCUUCGUUGAGAAGGUCGUCUUGGUUGGAUGAAGGUGACCCCAAGGAGCUAAACAAGUUCGAUGUGAAGGAUUGGAAGCUCCACUUGCAACGGGAUCACCUCCCCUACCGCAAGGAUUGCCGAACGUGCAUUGAAAGGGCCAGUGGGAGACCUCACCGACGCAUUACGCACCCGUCGGCCUACUGCCUCUCCAUUGACACUGCUGGCCCCUUCAGGAAUACCGGUGCGGGCGGCUACAAGUACCUUCUUGUCGGAUGUUACCGACACCCGAAACUACCUGGGACAAAGCCAGAGGAGGAGCCUGUUGAGUUUCCUAAGCCCGAAGAGGUAGAACCUCGCCCUGAUGAUGGUGAAGAUUGGCUAGGUGAUGCUGGCCCAGAUCCUGCUGAAGAGCCUCUUGGGGAAGAACCCGAAGGGGGAGUUGGUUUCAUUGAUCCGGGUGAUCAAGAUGAUCAAGAAGUGGAAGCGUUGAAGGAGCUGGCGGAGCCCCUGGAGUUCGUCUCGGUCUAUGUGGCGAGGCCAAUGCGAUCCCGGAAGAAGGCGGAGACGUUAAAGGCCAUACAAGAGCUCUACAUCCAGCUCCGCAGUGCAGGCUUCCCAGUAGCUCGGUUGCACAUGGACCGUGCUCAAGAAUAUCAAUCGAGCGCACUUGAACACUGGGCGGCGGCAAGGGACGUUGAGCUAUCCCGGACCCAGGGCGACGAUCCGUCGCAGAACGGGACAGCCGAAAGGGCGGUUGGCUAUGUCAAGAUGAGGGUCAGAGUGCUUUUGUCUCAGGCAAAGGAGUUGAGUGGCGUUGAUGAUGACACCAUAAGGACUUGGUGGCCCCUGGCAGCUGAAACCGCGGUCUCUCAGCACCAGGCAAUGGCUAUGGGUCGGAAGUUUCCUUCGGCAGCUCGUUUUGGCUCCCGAGUGUUUACGCGCAGGAAGGGAUAUGGUGCUGGACGUCCUGAUCUCAAGCCAAAGUGGAUUGGGGGAGUUUACUUGGGGCCCGCUCGCUCCGUUCCUGGAGGCCACAUGGUGUAUACUGAUGAAGGAAAUCUGUGGUUCUCUACGAACAUUCGGCAAUUUGAGGACCGAGCUGUUGAUGGCGAAGAGGAGCGAGGAGGCGGUCCUUUAGUACCUGAUUUACUACCAGCACGGCGAGUGACAGGAAAAACGUCCGCAGUUGAGCUGGCCAGCGGUGCUAGCCUACUCCCGGGUGCUUCUGACGGCCCCAGUGGUGGACGGCCCGAAGGUGCGCUGAAGUCGGUUGCGGCGUUGUCGCCAGGUUCUGAUUCCGAUGCUGAUGAUGAGUCGUGGACGGUGGUUUCCGAUGGUGCUCAGCUGUGUGACCUUGAGGUGCGCGAGUCGUCUUCUCCAUCUACUACAACCUCGCACCGUGGUCGGGGCAGCUUGGCGGCUGAGUAUGUGGAGGCGGGAUGUUACUCUAUGGAUGAGUGUCUUCGAGUGCUGGAGUCAGAGCCCUUUGUGAAGACUAGAAAGCAGAGAACCUCAGCCUGGAAGGAGAAUGGUCCCCCUCCAAUUCACACUACUCUCGGCGCAUAUCAGCGAGGACCCUUUGUGGGAACUACGAGUGCGACGAAACGACAUCAUUCGUUGGCGCUCUACUUGACGGAGUUUUUGAAGAGGCACUGUGGCGGCCAAUGCGAGUUCACAUCCCUUACUGUUGCCCGUGACCUUAAUACUGAAGUACAUAGUGAUCGGUUCAACCUACGCAACUCCACCAACUAUGUCCUGACGUUGGGCGACUUCCAAGGAGGAGGAGUUUGGGUUGAAGGUGAGGCUGGGAAUUAUGCGAAGGUUUCUGUUGAGAGCACCCCGGGCGAGAUCCUGCAAGGCCAUGUCCUCCCGGCCAAGAACCGCAUUGUGCAGAUUGAUCCCAAGAAACUGCAUAGGACUAUGCCAUGGUCGGGGGGGCCUAAGUGGACGGUGAUUGCACACACCAUCGGAGCCAGGAAGAAGUUGUCUGAAGGAGAUGAACAGGGACUCAAGGUGCUGGGUUUCCCGUUACCUGGUGCUUCUUUGUGUGCAAUAUCACCAGGUGAGUUGGCUUCUGGAACUGAGGUCCCCUGUGGAAGGCAGUGGCGCUUUAUGCUUUCUCAGCAGGAGGUUGAGGAGGAGAUGAUGAAUCGCUUGUGGACCAGACGGGUCUUAGAUGAGGAGGAGCAGCUUGCAAGUGUUGUUCCCAGUGACCUUGUGACUGAGUACGCAGGGGUGAGCCAGGCAAACGCCGAAGCAGCCACGAAUCUCCAUUUUCGAGAGACUCGAUGCGUGCAUGAACGGUGGAAUGAAGAACAGUGGUUGGGUUUGUGCCGUAUGACUGAGUCUGAAGAAGAGACCUUUGGUGUUGAAACUAUGCUUGAAGAGUUGAAGGAACCCCUCAAGGUUGUCUUCACGGUUGCCUUGGAUGAGGUAAAGAACUAUGCUUCUAGGUGGUCGGAGGCCAUGCACAAGGAAGUGAAAGCGCUCCUGGAUGCGGGAGCAUUGGUUCCUUUGACUGCAGAGGAGCAGGCCCGUUUGGAGGCUUCCGGGAAAUUGGUGGUGCUACCUGCCAAGGGCGUCUUCACUGCAAAACCGCCGGAUGUUGAGCGGCUAGCUGACGAUGAUGGCCAUCCUCUUCCACAAGGGUCUGUUCACUUUGUCAAGCGUAAAGCACGCUUAGUCAUAUGCGGCAAUUUCCAAGGGCGGCAAGCUCGAGAGGAUUCCUAUGCGGGAGGUUGCCAGAUUGAUUCCCUACGAGCAAUGUUGGUUUUUGCGGCCUUCAAGGGGUGGCGUCUUGCUUCGACUGAUAUUCGCAAUGCCUUCAUCCUCGCCCCGAUCAAGGAGGAAGAAGAAGAGGAUGACGGAACUGUGUAUGGACUGUUCCCUCCCCGUGUUUUUCAGUUGGUUGCUGUGCCCUACUGCUAUCAGCUGUGGCGAGUGGAUCGGGCCCUGUAUGGUUUCAGGCGCAGCCCUCGGCUAUGGAGCAAGUUUCGGGAUCGACGCCUACGCGGUGCCCGGAUACCCUAUGAUCAGGGCCACCUUGUUUUGAGACAGAGCCGAGCUGAUACCAACGUGUGGGCCAUUGUCUAUGAAGUGGAUGGAGCCGAGCCUGAGAUAAAGGGCUACCUCAACAUCUAUGUAGAUGAUGUUCUUUAUGUCGGAAUCGCCGAUGUGAUUGAGACAGUUCAGUCAUGGCUUACUUCCGAGUGGAAGGCUUCCGAGUUGACGUGGGCUUGUGAAACUUCGGUGCUACGGUUUCUGGGUUUGGAGAUUCAGCUUUGUGAUGGUGGUGUGAGGAUUGGUCAAAGAGCUUAUGUUGAUGAGUUGAUCCGCCACCACAAGCUGACUGAGAGCAGGGGGUAUGGAACUCCUUGUCCCCAAGAAUGGCUCUUGGGAGAGUGCGAUGAAUCCUCAGUUGACUACUCGACGGAGCAGUUAAGGAGGGCGCAAACCCUUACCGGAGAGCUCCUAUGGCUAAGUGGAAGAAGCCGACCAGACAUCAUGCAUAGCGUGUGCACUAUGUCCUCUCUGUGCGUCAAGAACCCGGAGCUCGUUGAGCGCAUCGGUUACAGGGUUCUCGGCUACCUGAAGGCGACUGCUGGGGUUUGUCUGUGGUAUAAGCCCUGUGAUGCGGCCUACGAUGUUGUUGGAUACUCGGACGCAUCGUUUGCACCUUCCGGUUCGAGGAGUGUGGGAUGUUCGGUCGCUUGCUACUACGGUUGCCCGGUGAGCUGGCGCUGUGGUCGUCAAAGCUUAGUAGCUCUUUCCGUUGCAGAAGCAGAACUUCUUGAGGCUGUGAACUGCGUACAGCUUAUGAGUGGGCUUGAGAGCUUUGUGGAGGAGCUCCAAGCUACAUCUCCCCGACUAUGUCUUCGGGUUGAUAAUCAAGCUGCGGUUGGCCUUACUACUGAGGCUGCUGGCACGUGGAAAACGCGCCAUUUGCGUGUGAGAGCCUUUGCCUUGCGAGAAGCGGUGCGUGUUGAGGCUUUGAAAAUCCAUCAUGUUGAAGGUCUUCGGCAACUUGGGGAUUUGGGGACAAAAUGUUUCCACAAGCCGCGGCUGGAGCAACUACGAGAGCUUUGGGGGCUGAAGGCCGUCGAGGUCGGGGUCGAUCAGGAGAGCUCCGAUAAGCUUAGCCGGAAGGCUUCUGUUGCGACUUUGGCUAUGAAUGGAGUAGCGAGUGUUUUGGCACGCCUUACGUUGAUCCUUGGUUGGCUGGUCAGGGGUUCUACAGCUGCAGACGACGAGUCCAGUGCGGGCUUGGAGUUAAGUUUUGCUUGGGAACUCUAUGGCUUAGCGAUCUUGGCCGUGAUCUCCGCCAUUGCGCUUUGGGAGCUAAUGAAGUGGCUUUUGUCGAGGUGUUGUGGUGCCGGAGGUGAACUACCAGAGUCGCGUGAGGCCCGAAGGCUUCGGAAGCUUCAACAAGUUGUUCAUGAAGAAGUUGGACGCUAUGGCUUGGAGGUUGGAGUGAAGGUUUCUUCGGCCUCUUCACCUGCUGCUGCGCCUGCGAUUGCCGCUCCUAGUUUUGAGGAACGAGCAACUACUUCGAGGCCCCGACAGGUCACCCGUGGAUGCCAAACCGAGCCCUACGACGCAGGUAUGAGACAGCACGCAGGUCCCUUCUUCGCGAGUGAGCAUGGUGAUCGUGUUCAUCAUGACCCGAACUGUCGUGGUUUGCGGAAUGCAAUCCAUAGGACAAGACGUUUGAGUUUGUGCGCCUAUUGCUAUCAGCGCUGUCCGUUGUACAUCCCUGAUGAUCUGUAA